CAUCAAAACAAUGUAAAUGCAGUGACGAUAAUGACUUUUAGUCCUAAAACGAUUGCACUAUAAAUUAGUGUUUUUUUGAGUGCAUCAAUAGCUUUUUUUAUAUAUGGCAUUAAAAGGAAUCAAAGUGAUCGAGUUUGCUGGGUUGGCCCCAGGCCCAUUUUGCGGUAUGGUGUUGGCGGAUUUUGGGGCUUCUGUGAUAAAAAUUGACAGGGCCGGAGGCAUGGAAGAAUACGACAGUCUUUCGAAUGGAAAACGAUCACUCUGCGUGGACCUAAAAUCUCCAGAAGCAAUAACCAUCCUGAAAAAGUUAAUCCAGAAAUCCGACGUUACCCUGGAACCAUAUAGGGCCGGCGUCAUGGAAAAACUGGGACUCGGACCCCAAAUAUUAAUGCAAGAAAACCCCAGGCUUAUCUACGCCAGGUUAACCGGUUAUGGUCAAUCUGGACCGUAUUCGCAAAAGGGGGGACAUGAUAUCAAUUAUCUCGCUUUGUCAGGGCUGCUGUCGCUGUUUGGUAGAAAAGGGGAAAACCCCAUUUUCCCGGUUAAUUUGGCGGCUGACUUUGGUGGAGGAGGACUAAUGUGUGCUUUAGGAAUUCUUUUGGCACUGUUUGAACGUGAACGGACUGGCCGAGGGCAAAUCGUAGAUGCGAACAUGGUACACGGUUCCUCCUACCUCGGAAGUUUCCUCUAUCGAUCUCAAAACAUGCCCCUAAUAUGGGGCAAUCCGAGAGGCGAGAAUCUACUCGAUUCGGGAGCUCCGUUUUACGAAGUUUAUAAAACUAAAGAUGACAAAUUUAUGGCUGUCGGUGCUAUAGAACGGAAAUUUUACAAAGAUUUGUUGUUAGGGUUGGGUGUGAGCGAAGAUGACGCGCCUCAGUGGGACUUCGGAGACAGAAUCAAGGAGUUGUUCAAAGUGAAAUUUUUAGCAAAAACCCGACAAGAGUGGUGCCAAGUGUUUGAGAAACUUGACGCGUGCGUAAUGCCCGUUUUGGACCUAAACGAGGCGCCUGAGCAUGAAUUUAAUAAAACCAACGGGCAUUUUAUAAAGGUCGGUGACAUUUAUGCACCAAAGCCGGCACCGAAAUUGAGUAGAACUCCCGGGCAAUCGACGGCCGAUUUAAAAAGACCGAAUGCGGGUGAACACACUGUUGAAAUUCUCGAAGAAAUCGGGUAUGGGGGUAGCGAUAUCGAUAAGUUAAUACAAGACGGAGUAGCUUAUACCGAACAUAAAGCAAAAUUGUAAUACGAUUAGGGAGCAAGGAAAUAUAUUUUAUUAAAUGAA